GUGUCAUCAGUGAGCGCUUCACCACCUCUGCACUACCGCUGAAGCCCGGGGAUGCGCAGAAUGUUAAUACAUCUCGACUCAGAGAUCACUCUGUCACAGUAUUCCUCCAGACUGGCAGCAUUUUUGGAGUGUCUUGGUUGUUGAAGGACUAAACCAAAGCACCUGUGAGUGAGAAGGCGACCUCGGAGUUGAAGCUCUGUCACUGCUGAGCUAAUUGUUUGGGUGCCUCGGGAUUACAUCGAGGAGCAUCUCCACCAAACCAAGAGGAGAGAGGCAUAUGCGGGACUUUUUACGAGUGUAGUGUGCACGGACUGGGAUUCUGUGGACCAGCGUUUACGCGCAACCUCUCGAUGGGAUUCUGAAUGAGAGAACCAAAGCUGCUACGAAAAUGUAUAUAUAUUUUUAAAGGACAUAGAGACACUCGAUAAAUACCACCACUUAUGUCCGGCUCAUUUCUCUGAUCAUACAAUUUCAUGAAGAGGAAAAAACAUUCUGUUUAACAACUCAAUUAAGAUUCUCGUAAUCAAGGGAGGACAUUCCAUUCACAAGCAAUUGGAUGAGAGUCGUAUUUGCCCUUGGCAACUGAAGAUGAUGUUACUAUGGAAACGACUUCUGCUGCUAUCAAUCAUUGGUUGCCUUGCCGCUCAUGCACAAGAUGUCCUGUUCCAAGGGCCAAGAUGGAGAACAGAGCCCAGUGACCUCAUUCUCCCCAACAACUCCCCUGACCAGGAAGCCACCAUUACAUGUGAGGCAGAGGGGAAACCCUCCCCACAAUACAGAUGGUCGCUUAACGGAACACUCAUUGAUCUGGGGAGUGACUACCGGCGUCACAUGUCUGGAGGCAACCUGAUCAUUAACAGUCUGGACAGGGACCAAGACACAGGGAUAUACCAGUGCACUGCCUUCAACACAUGGGGGAUCAUCCUCAGCUGCCGAGCCACUCUACAAUUUGCAUACCUAGAUAACUUCAAGACCCAAACUGCACGGAGUGCUGUGAAUGUCCGAGAGGGCCAAGGAGUGGUUUUGUUAUGUGGACCACCCAUGCAUUCUGGAGAGCUGACGUUUGCAUGGAUCUUCAAUGAGUACCCCUACUUUGUCCAGCAAGAUAGUCGUCGAUUCAUCUCCCAGGAGACAGGAAGUCUGUACAUCGCUAAAGUGGAGCCUUCUGAUGUGGGCAACUACACCUGUGUGGUCAACAAUAGCAUCACUAAGGGCAAAGUCCUCAGCUCUCCUACACCACUGGUCCUGAGGAAUGACGGAGCAAUGGGUGAAUACGAACCGAAAAUAGAAGUUAAUUUCCCUGACACUGUUCCAGCUGCGAAGGGAUCCACGGUAAAACUAGAAUGCUUCGCACUGGGAAACCCAGUCCCAGAAAUAAGUUGGAGGAGAACCAGCGGUGUCCCAUUUCCCAGUAAGGUGAAGAUGAAGAACUCCAACGCUGUUCUUGAAAUUCCACAUUUCCAGCAGGAAGACACAGGGAUGUAUGAGUGCGUGGCAGAAAAUAGCCGGGGAAAAAACGCUGCACGAGGUCGUAUCGCCUUCCAGGCAAAACCCCAUUGGCUGCAAACAAUGAUCGACGGGGCCCUGUCCAUUGAGGAGAACCUGUUCUGGGAGUGUAAGGCAAACGGAAAACCCAAGCCCUCCUACAGUUGGCUGAGGAAUGGAGACAACCUAAUGGCAGAGGGCCGGGUACAAAUCGAAAACGGGGCUCUCUCCAUAGCAGCAUUAAACCUGUCAGACGCCGGAAUGUAUCAGUGUGUGGCUGAAAACAAACAUGGCAUUAUUUAUUCCAGCGCUGAGCUAAUGGUGUUAGCAUCACCUCCCAGUUUCUCCAAGAAUCCACUGAAGCCCCUGCUGAAAGCUCGCUCAGGCAGUGAAGUGGUUCUGGAGUGCAAGCCCCAAGCCUCGCCCCGGGCAAUUAGCCUGUGGAAGAAAAGCAAUGAGAUCGUGCAGAAAAACGAGAGGAUUACUCUGCUUGCCAACGGGACACUGAAGAUUGUCAACGCAACCAGAAGGGAUGCGGGGAGCUACACAUGCAUCGCUAAAAAUCAGUUUGGGACUGCAAGCGCCACCGGAAGACUCCUUAUCACAGAGCCCACCAGAAUCACCCAGAGGCCUGCUAACAUGGAGAUCAUUGUUGGCGAGAGUAUCGUGCUGCCCUGCCAGAUAGCCAGCGAUCCAGCCUUGGAUGUGUCUUUCUCCUGGGAAUUCAACGGGCAGCUCAUAGACUUCCACGGGGAUGCCGACCAUUUCGACAGAGUAGGAGGGAGCAUUUCAGGAGAUCUGAUGAUUCGUAACAUCCAGCUGAAUCACGGGGGGAAAUAUGUCUGUGUUAUCGACACCGACGUAGAGAGCUUGUCCGCUUCGGCCAUCUUGGUUGUGAAAGGUCCCCCCGGGCCCCCGGACACAGUAGCAGUGGAGGAGAUCACAGAUAGCACGGCCCAGCUCUCUUGGAGCCCCGGCAGGGACAACGGCAGCCCUAUCACCGGCUACAUCAUCCAGGCCCGGACCCCCUUCACUGUGGGCUGGCAGGCUGUGGACACAGUUCCUGAGGUGAUCAAUGGCAACACACUGACAGCCACUGUGGUGGGCCUGAACGCCUGGGUGGAGUAUGAGUUCAGGGUGGUGGCCCGCAACAGUGUGGGCAUGGGAGAGCCCAGUCCAGCCUCAGCCAAGACCAGGACAGAGGAUACCAUGCCUGAUACAGCUCCCACUGAUGUUGGAGGCGGAGGAGGCACAAAAUCUGAAUUAGUGAUAACUUGGGAGCCCGUGCCUGAGGAACUGCAGAAUGGAGAGGGCUUCGGUUACAUCAUCGCCUUCCGGCCGCUGGGUGCCAUCACCUGGACACGAGUGGUCAUCUCCACGCCCGGGGUGGCCCGAUACAUCUUCCGCAACGACACCAUCCCGCCUUUCUCACCGUUUGAUGUGAAGGUUGGGGCGUACAACAACCGUGGGGAAGGCCCCUUCAGUUCCAUAGCCACAGUGUUCUCAGCAGAGGAAGUCCCCAGUGAGGCUCCUAAGCGGGUUUGGGGCAGGAGUGUAUCUGCAGCUACAGUUGAAGUGAUUUGGGAAGCCCUCCCCGUCACCCCUGAAAGAGUGCUGGGUUAUGAGGUGGUGUACUGGGAAGAUGACACCAAGCCUGACACAGUAGGCAAAGUCAGAACCUCUGGAAACUACUCAGCGGUUAAUGUGACUGGACUGAGCGCUAACACACAGUAUUAUCUAGCUGUGUGCGCCUUUAACACUGCAGGGACAGGGCCACAGUCUACACACAUCAACGCCACCACCAAGAAGCCAGCACCUGGCCAGCCUCCUUUGAAUGUAGAGUGGACCAUGAUUGGCUCUCUGCUCACUCUACACUGGGGUCCUGUGAUAGCCAUGGAGACAGAGGCAGAGGUCAUCGGAUAUCUUGUGCUGUUGAGAAGACACCGGUACAAUGACGUAAACAGCAUCAUAACAAACAAAACCAGGAUGGAGCUGACGCUGUCUCCCAACGACAACUACUUGAUCCAGAUCAAGGCCCUGAGUGAGGGUGGUGAAGGUGUGGGCAGCGAACCCAUCCACAUCCACAAAUUAAGCAUGGGCGCACGAGGUUCGGGAGCAUCUAAUCUCAAUCCGCUAUCGCUGUCUCAUCUCUCCGCAUUCCUCAUCAGCGCUCUCCUCCUCCUCAACUCCUCCUGGUGAUGUCUGGACACAGUCACAGCCCUCCUACCGGCCCUCCUCACUCCCUCUCCUCUAGCAGCCUGCUCCUGCAUUCAGAUAGGCAUGGAUGCAACCCUCUGUGGCAGUGCUGGACAGAACAGGAAUUUUGAAGGGGCCAUGCAUUGAGGAUAUAAAUUAAGUUCUGUAGAAAACAUGAAUUUGUGUGCAUGAUAUUUAACAGUUUCCUCUCAUAUCAUAAGUGCUGUCAUGCUGUAAAACCAUUUUGGAAAUCUUUUUUUUCCAAUGGAAUAUACUUCUAUUUGGGAGUACUGAUGUCUACAUUAUAUAUGUACAGUUGAAGUCGGAAGUUUAGCCAAAUAUAGUUUUUCACAAUUCCUGACAUUUAAUCAGAGUAAAAAGUCCCUGUCUUAAGUCAGUUAGGAUCAACACUUUAUAUUAAGAAUGUGAA